GAUUCGAGGUAUAACACUCGAUAAGGUAAUAGCGGUCACGCAAUUGUCUUAACGUGACAAUCAGCCACGAUCAAAGACAGCGUCCAUGAUUAACUAUCGUGAUGAUAUUGAGUAAUUUCGGUCAGCAGACUGGUAUAUAUACGACCAUAGGUCAGUCGUACUGUACACCAGAUCUUACAGACCUCGGACAGACAAUGAACUCCACCUUCGCUUUAGUUCUUGUAGGCCUCUUGGCGGCUGUUGUGUACGGCGAGAUUUGCAAGAGCAAGAAUGAUUGCGCAGACACUACUUGUCAUAGCGGUAUGAUCGAAUGUGUUGCGAUCUCUGGUAACCACUUGUGCACGUGCAUUCACGGCGAUAUGGACAAUAUUAAUUGUACUGCCAGGGCUGACUGUCAGAUGGACUCUGUUUCCAUGGACUGUGAUAACAGUCUAAGACACUGUUACGACGAGACCUGUCGCUGUGAGGGCCAUGGACACCAACACACACACCCACCUCAUCCAACCCACCCUCCCCAUGGCGGAGCUCAUUAGAGGACAAAUACUCGCCUGGUGAUUCUUUGAAUUGUUACCUGUCAAUCCAGCACAAUUCUGAAGCUAUAGCCGAAUUAUUUCCCCUGUUACACUGUUAUGAAUUGAAAUUAAAAUGUAUUUAUUUAUAAACUGUU